CAAAUGCUUGCAAAGUGCCCAAUAGGGGUAUCGCUCAGAGUUGCAAGGAGUUUUUCGCGUGCCAGGCCUGUAAAAGCCUGUGCUGUAAUGGGGACGAAGCCACAUCCAUGCCGUAACUUGCACUGGGUGUUCAAGGUUGGCGACCGGACGGCCACCACCCGGUUCUACAGGGACGCCCUGCUGCUGGAGCCGCUCCGCCAUGAGGAGUUUACUGAGGGCUGCGCGGCGGCUUGCAACGGCCCAUACGACGGCAAGUGGUCCAAAACCAUGAUCGGGUAUGGCGACGAGGAUACCAACUUCGUACUGGAGCUAACGUACAACUACGGCGUCAAGUCGUACCAGCUUGGGAAUGACUUUGACUCGAUCACCAUCUGCAGCAAACGCGUAUAUGAUAACAUCAAGGCCAAGGGUGUGGGCAAAGCGGGUCCGGACGGGGCGCUGGAGGUGGCGGCGCCGGACGGCUACCGCUUCCGGGUCCUCAGCCAGGAGCCCAGCGAGGGCGCCUGCCCCAUGACCGAGCUCCGGCUGCACGUGUCCGACCUGGACAAGUCUCUGGCGUUCUGGUCGGGCUUCCUGGGCUUUGCUGCUGAGCGGCCGGCACCAGGGCAGGCGCUGCUGCGCUGCGGCCCGCAGCAGUGCGCACUGCGGCUGGUGGAGCUGCCCAAGGAGGAAGCACUGGAGCGCGGCACGGCGUUCGGCCGCGUGGCGUUCGCCUGCCCGGGCGAGCAGCUGCAACCACUGGAGGCGGAGGUGCGCGCCGCCGGCUACACGGUGCACACGCCGUACGUGUCUCUGGACACCCCGGGCAAGGCCACAGUGCAGGUGGUCAUCCUGCAAGACCCGGACGGGCACGAGAUCUGCUUUGUGGGCGAGGCCGGCUUCACCGACCUGUCCCGCCGCGACCCGGCGGCCGGGCGGCUGCUGGACGAGGCAGUGGCCGCGGACGACAGCGCGGCCUGGUUCCGCAAGCGGGCGGAGGCAGAGGCGCGCAUGGCAGCCAACGGCGUGUGAGGGAGCUUGCGUGUUUGGGCGGGGGGGCGGGGUGUAGAUACCAGCCCAAACUUAACCAAACCCAAUGCAAUAGAGCGAGGAGGGGGGGGGUUACGGGCGGGAAUGGUUUGUGUGUUGGGGCGUUUAGGGGGAUGAGAGGCUUGGGGAGUGGAUGCAGGGGUGUGUGUUGAGACUUGAGAGGCGACGUGUGGGGUUGCAAGGAUGAGGGUGCCCAGGGGAUCACCUCUGAGGGUGCCGGGAUGGCAGGAGCGUUGAGAGCAUGGCAAGGUUGAUGGGAGGGCUGGGGACAUCGCGCAGGAGUGUUACAGGAGUGGGUGGAUGUUGUGCAUCACAAGUUGCAAGUCUUCGUAGGCAAGAGUAGAGAGUGACUGAGUAAGGCUGGUAGUGUACAGCGCAUUCCCAAACCCGAGAGCACAUGGUGGCGUUGGCAUGGAAGCAGGAAACAGAGCGGCAGCACACGUAACGAUACGGUCUGCGAUUUUGCUGAUUAGAUGGGGGGAAGCGCGGGUGUGCAGCAGCGUGACGAAGUGGACCGGUUGUCCAUGUUGUCGUGCACGCAUACAUGGUCGAGAUGCCGACCACAUCCCACCAGGGUAGCACAGCUUCCACGUUCAGGCGGGCAAACGUUGUGAAGCUUUUGAUGCGAACGACAGCCUUGGUAUCGUAUGCAAAGCCCACGGCCGACCACAGGCACGCAGGGCACGCGGCUGUCGCACCUCUGUACACGCCAUGUGAAUGCAUUUGCAGCCAGGGAACGGCAGGCUCCCAUG